GAUAAAUGGCGCUGAUAUAUUAGGACAGAUGGAGGAGCCUCGUCCACUUGGAGGGGCGUUGGGUUUCCUUGAGGACCUUGGUGAGGUUUGGAACUGUCAGAGGGUCUCAAAUUUGCACAAGAAGCAUCCAACCAUGUCGGACGCGGUGGUCAGUUUUAUGAAGGACUUUUUGGCUGGUGGCAUCGCCGCUGCCAUCUCAAAAACAGCUGUCGCUCCUAUAGAGAGAGUCAAGUUGUUGCUGCAGGUCCAGCAUGCCAGCAAACAGAUCACCGCAGAAACACAGUACAAGGGAAUCAUUGACUGUGUGGUCAGAAUCCCAAAGGAACAGGGUUUUCUUUCCUUCUGGAGAGGCAACCUGGCCAAUGUGAUCCGUUACUUCCCCACCCAAGCUCUCAACUUCGCCUUCAAAGACAAGUACAAGAAGAUCUUCCUUGGUGGAGUGGAUCAAAAAACACAGUUCUGGCGUUACUUCGCCGGCAACUUGGCAUCCGGCGGCGCCGCUGGUGCGACUUCGCUCUGCUUCGUCUACCCUCUUGACUUCGCCAGAACAAGGCUCGCUGCUGACAUUGGUAAGGGCGCAGCUGAGAGAGAGUUCACCGGCCUUGGAAACUGCAUCGCCAAAAUCUUCAAAACCGAUGGCCUCAGGGGUCUUUACCUCGGAUUCAACGUGUCGGUUCAGGGUAUUAUCAUCUACAGAGCGGCCUACUUCGGAUGCUUCGACACAGCUAAAGGCAUGCUGCCAGAUCCCAAGAACACGCACAUCGUCGUCAGCUGGAUGAUUGCCCAGACUGUCACCGCUGCAGCUGGUCUCGUCUCAUAUCCCUUCGACACCGUCAGACGUCGUAUGAUGAUGCAGUCUGGACGCAAAGGAGCUGAUAUCAUGUACAAGGGCACAAUCGACUGCUGGAGGAAGAUCCUCAAGGACGAGGGAUCAAGAGCCUUCUUCAAGGGUGCCUGGUCCAACGUGAUCAGAGGCAUGGGUGGCGCCUUCGUGUUGGUGCUGUACGACGAGAUCAAGAAGUACACAUACUAAACUUUCUAAUCUCCCAGUCCCCCAGGAAACCCUUCACUUUGUUUAAGUCUUAAUUCUUCUGAUAGAAUGAUAACAGCUUGUGGUGAAUUACAAUGUGGGCAUGUGCUCUUCUGCAACAUGUCCAGGGAAGGAAGGUAUACUUGACCUGGGUUAACAUGCCUCCUCAGAAAUCUGUAUAUAUCCCAUCUACGACGCGCCAAAAGGCACAAACAAACUUUCAGUGUGACAAAAGUCAAGUCCGGUGGUUCAGUGGAGAUGUUGUGAUGAUGCAAAGGGUGACGUCAACACCCGCCAUAUGCUCCUCAUGUUAGAGUCAGUUUGUGAAGCAGUUGCUGAGGCCCAUGUGUUGUUAUGUUGUGACCACUCUGACCCAUGUAGCCCACCUCUUACAUUAUUUUAUUAAGAAUAAAGAUUUCUUAGUCUAA